UUCUAUCUCUUUCUCUAUUUCUGUGUGUCUCUUACUGUGUCACUUUCCCUCUUAACCCUUCCGCGCGUUAAUUCGACGACCAUCGAUGUCAGGGGUCAGAUGAUGAAAAUUUCUUUUCUCCGCCUGGUAGCCAGGUGAGAGUAAAAAAACGUCAGCCUCUAUGAAGGAUUCAAGAGAUCAGCUAAGAUGAGACGCUUUGACGAUGCUCGUGGUACGCGUAAAACUGGAGCGUCACCUCCAUUUCGUGUCAUUACGACACGAGAUUCUUCCUAUCUCGGCUCGUCCUUGUCGUCAUCGUCGAUCAAAACCCAACAAAGAUCGACAUCACCGAAAUUACAGCUUCCAGCUCAACCACCAUCACCGCCACUACCAACCGCACCGGAACCAUACAAAUUGGUGCCAUCUGGUACAGCCCUUGGUAGGGCUCAUCGUCGUUCCAGUUUCGUGAUAAUUGCCGAAAGUAGACCAGCAACACCAGAAUCAAGAAGUGUCUCACCUACUCAGCCACCAGGAAGGGUUUCGCCGUUCCGAGGUCGUGGUUUCAAAGGUCCACCACCUAGAUCAAGACCUGACUCACCGGAUGAUUAUCUCGAUCCAAGAAAAAGCUACCGGAGAAAUGUUCGCAGUGAUUCGAGAGCAUCACAGCAGACCAGUCCGAGAAAGAGUUUAAUACCACAACCAACCCAACGACGGCGAUCGGUAUCGUUAAGCAAAACAAGUGAUGACAGAGUUUCACCAAAGAUUGGACGUCGAGGGGACCAAAAGAAUCGGUUGAGUGUUCACGGAAGUUUCGACAACGUUAGUGAUUCUCGAAAAAGUAAUACUGUGAGCGAUGUAUCCAGAUCGAGAGGAAAUCGAUCAGGAAGAAUACCACUAACUAAACUUUCACCAAUUCGUGGUACUCCAACAAAAGUGGAUAAGUCAAAUACGGGACCAGCAAGAAGAGAUCCUAAAAAUGUAAAGAAUCUGCAACGAAAUACGAUGACUGGUAUAUCAUCUGGUACACGUUUUAUUUCUCCACCGACAAAUACUCAAAAAAGAGAGAGGUUCAUAACAACCGAUGACAACACGGUAGUACCUGCUAAAACAUCCAAAAUACCCUUGAAAAACAAUGGAUCCAAAGUUUCAUCCAGUAUUAGCAUGCCUGAAAUGUCCAAGAAUAAGGAAACCGAUAACAAUGAACAAAUGAUUCAAAUGAAAGGAAUGAGUAAUGGAACUAACCAGGAACGAUCAAGCAACAGUAACAUCAAUAAUAACGAUCAAAUCGGUUUAACGGAUCUUUUGAAAAGAACUUCUGGUGUAACUGGUACAUCAAGUGUUGUUAAUACUACAACAACGACAGCAGUACAACCUCUUCGUAUCGAUAAUUCAAGAAUUCCAAUAGAUCCAACGAAAAUUGAAGGACAGUUGGUUGAUCUGACGAGAAAAUCCGAAUCGGCAAUGUCAAAAAAUGAUUCAAACGGAAAAUCAAAAUUACAGAGUGGCCAAAAUGAAGAAAAACAUCAUCGAAAAAAGAAUACGCCAGGUUAUGAAACACCAACCAAAACCAACAACGAACGUUAUUCUAUGACGAGCAAAGAAGGUACUAGUGAUUCUUCAGCUAGCUCGAACAAUGCAAUUAAAUCACGCUUGAAUAGUGCACGAACAAAUAGAGGUUAUAAUCGUACGACUAGUCGUGAACGUCUCGAUGGAAAGGAAAACGAUUCUGCCAGUUCUAAGGGUUCCAAUCCGAAAAAUCAAAAAAAUUUGAAGAAUAACAAACGAACAGCUUUCGACGAGUUUUCACCAGAUUCUAAUACUUCAUUGUUAGAAAACAGUACCAAGCAAAUAGAAAUCGAACAAGUUGAGUUGGAAAAAAUUAUUAGUGAUGGAAAAUCGAAUAUCAGUAACGACAUGAUUCUUACAACAACGGGCAAAAUUGUUGGAAAUACAAGUGGUCUAAUUAAUAACAACAAAAGCAACAAUGACAGUAACUCGAGAUUAACCAAGUUAACUGGUAGUAAAGUCAUAACUGAAGCUACCGUUGAAAAUGAAACAAAACAAAAAGUUAACGAUCAAAAACAAAAUAAUUUAGGUUCGACAAAUGACUCAGAAAGAAUAACUGGAACGAUGUCAUCGAUGAAAACAAUUAAUAAUGAAAUAACGAAUUCGACGAUAUUGCAAACGAAUGGAAUCUCUGUGAACUCCGUUGGUGACCCUAAUAUCGGGAAUGUUUCUUCUAAAGGAUCUCAACAUCGAAAUAAUGAGAAUCACGAUGAAAAUACACUGCAAAGAUCAUUGACACGACUUUCUACUAGUUCUAAUGAUAGCGAACGAUCUACCGAUACUGGAGUUAGUGUUGAUACCGUUAAAGGAGUUUCUUCACCGAGAGUGAAAAGAGGGAUGCAUAUUGUCAAACGACCGGAUGAAAUCGAGACGCUUAGUGGAAAUGUUAUGAGACCGGAACAAAAUGGUGACCCUACGGCGUUGCAGACAGCAGGUGAAACUACCUUGGAGGAAGAUAGACCAAGUGUCGACAAGCCCUUAAGUCGAUGGAGAAAGACCUUGGGCCGUUAUUACGAACGUUUUCCCAGUAUGAGGUGUCUAGCUUGUCGUCGUAAUUCAAAGAUCCUAUCGUGGUCCAGAAAAAGAGAAACCGUUGGUAUGGAAAAUCAAAUGGAAACGAGACAGGACAUUGCUGACGAUACACCGAUCGAUUGUUGGUCCAAAUUCAAGAAAAGAUGCAGAUGUCCACGUCCCAAGGGAAUUAGAUGUUGUACAAGAAGAGACAGAGUAGCACCGGACGAGCCUAAUCUCUGUUGCCCUCCUGAGAGAAGAUUAUCCGCCCUUUGCCGACGACUUUUUGCCAGCUGUAAAUGCAAAAGUGCGGAUGUACAACGCACAAGAGAUAUACGUGCCAAGCACAGUUUGACUAGCGUAGCACCACCUCCACUUUCCGAGGAACCAAAGGCCAAGAUACCUGACGUUUUGGUAGAGCACAACUCAUUGAUGCGAGGUGCCAUUCCUUGUUUACCAGUUCCACUAGCUUGGUUUUGUCUUGUUUGGAACGUCUUAUUACCUGGUACAGGUACUGUUUGGAGCGGACUUUUUAAUUUUUGCACAGGACAACCAAGAUUUUCAGCCGUGGCUAGUGUCAAGGCAAGAUUCGGUGCAUUUAUUGUUAAUCUGAUAGUAGGAGUCAGCCAAUUAUUCACAGUUCUAUUUUGUCUCGUUGGAUGGGGUUGGAGCGUUUGGUGGGGUCUUACGAUGAUUCGUUUGGCAAGAAAGUACAAAAGAUAUAAAGCUUCAGAAGCAGCAAAUGGUGAUCCUGAAGCAAGAACUGGUGAAGGAUCUGGAUUACCACCUGGAGUACCCAGUCAAUCAUUGAGAGGAAUCGAAAGAGCACGUUGAACUAUCGAUUAACCUUCCUGUCUUUUCUUCCUCCUUCGUGAACAUCCGUUCGUUCUUUUAUUCGUUCUUUGAAAAAGAAUCGACUAAACGGUAUUCACAUUAGUUUUUUCACAAGACUAUGAUCACGAUUUGGUAAGAAUGAUAAGUGACUUUAUCAUUCGAAAUUGUCCUUUUUACAAGGAAGGAGACCUUGCUAAAUAUAAUUCGGAGAUUUUUCAAUCAUUUUUUAAACGAUCAAUUUGUACAAGGUGUUACAAAAAUACUCGACAAGAAUUCUAGAAUGGGAUUCUUUGUACGUAGUUAGAAAAAAAACAAUUGGUUUAUACGAUAUGAAUAUGGGAAAACCCUCACUUGUUUCUGUGACAGAAGAAUUUUUAGUAUGAUUUUGAUGUACUCUAAUUAUAAUUGUUUUAUUUACUGGAAUGGUGAUAUUAUUUAUUGAAAUUUUUAAGAAUAAUAUGUUUAAAAUGUCCACUUUCUGUCUAAAUGCAGACUCUAUUUUGUCGUAACAUUAAAUUCUGAAUAUGUUCCUACUUAUGGUUGUGAAUAUUCAUAUAUUAGUGGAUGCUUUAAAGAUAUUCAAUUAAACAAAAAAUUUACCAGAAGUGGUUGUACAAUUUGAAAGUCUAAUUAUUAAUAUCUCGCAUUUCUUUUUAGUAAA